AUGACCGCUACCCCCUCUAUGGCUCCGGCCGUGCCUCCUGCCCGUCCGCCAGCCCCACGCCCCAAAUCGGUUGCCUUUGAUACCGAGCCGCCGACCUCUGCCGAUAUGGCCUCUCCUACUCGCCGUCCUUUGCGCUCUAAUGCUACCGAUCCCUUGUCCGACCGAGCGACUUCGCUUCUGAUACGCCGUACCCUCUGCUCCCCUCAGCUGGGAGAGAAGAGCCGCGAUUCGCAAGUGCCUAUAGACGAGCUGCUUCCACCAUUGACUAGUCGCAACGAUGUUGACCUUCAGUUGUACGCUCUUCUUGCUAUUGUCAUGAGGGAAUUCGUGCAGAGCUGGUAUAGCAAAAUCACUACGGAUGAACACUUUGUAUCAGAGAUAUUACACAUUAUCGCCCACUGUUCCCGAGCCUUGGAACAGCGGUUCCGCAAGGUUGAUCUAGAGAGCCUCGUGUUGGAUGAGAUACCUGACUUGCUGGACAAACAUAUAACAUCGUACCGUAUCUCUCAUAGCCCUAUCGCCAGACAGCCUGUUGAGGUCGACCCUCGAGAGGCCUACCACGCCAUGUGCCCUCUGCCACACCUCGCACCAGUCCCCCAUCCAGAUUGCCCAGACACGAUAUCCGACCAGAAAGAGAAUGAAGCGUUGUAUCGCCAAUUGCUGGUUCAGGGCGUCCUCGCGAUUCUAUUGCCCACAGAAGACCUCGAGAACCCUUGUCUCACGUCUCUCGUGGAACAGAUAUUUUCAGAGCUUAUCAUUGGUAACAUCAUAGCCAAUAAGGCCUCUCAGCCAUGGAUGCUGUAUGAGGGCAUCUGCAUCACGGCCAGGGUUUUGCGACAGAGAAAAGACCAAGGGGUAGUGGUUGCAGAGACCCAAAACGAUGCCGGUAGGCCCAAGGUUGACGUAAAAGGCCGUCGCAGCUGGUCUGUAAGGUCUAUGUUCCUUGCCGUUAUUCAGCUUGGGAUGCUGUUAGUUGCCUCGCUCCGGUUUAUCACGACUGCUCUGGUGAUGGCAUCGUCCCUUCCCGCUAGGGCCACGCCCUUGGAUGAGAAAGAAGCUUUGCUGGAUCACGACAAGUCUCCGCCGAGGUCAUUCGACCCCGUUAAGGCGCCGAUCCUAUCGUGUCGGGUAUGGACAUGUCUUGGAAAUUUGUUUGAGCUCAGCUUGCGCAUGCCUUGGCUGGAUGGAUUUCUAUCACUUUUACAAUACGGCGCGGUCAACGGACCUGGACGAAUCGCUGGCCACGAUGGCCCUAUUGACAGACAGUUUUCACCUCGCAUGAGUCUCAAGUCACUGGACCUCCUGAAGCUCCACAAUGAGCUUGAAUUGACUCUCGCUCCGUGCCGCGCCACCCGUCAGAAGGCUACCUUUAUCAGUUCCGGCGAGGUUAUGCUAUACUGGCCUGUGGAAACCAUACUCAAGAUUUUCACCGCAGUCUUGGCCACAACUCUCGCGAACCUUCCAGGAUCGGUCUGGCUUGACCGGGCUGGUCUGACCGGUCGGUCUCAACUCUUUCUCAGAGCCCGAGACAUACUCCUCUCGCAUCACAUUAAUUCCCUCUUCUCUCCCUCGAAUCUGCCCCCUCUUCUGCGUACCCUUCGCGGUGUCCUCUUUCCCAACAAUGCCCCUGGUAAGACGACCUUGUUCCCACCAUCGUCCGAGGCCGAGCUGCAAGCCCUGCGUCGUAGAGCCGCUAAGUCUCUUUGGGGGUUGCUACCGAAGGGUGUGGGAAGGCUUUAUUUUGGUGGUCGCUUAUGGCGGCAAAGUGCGGAGAGCGAGGGUGAUUUAUCAGAAGACGAGGAUCUGGUAGAUGAAAUGGAGAGGCUGCUCCUUGUGCUGGACGAUGAGUACUGCAACAAGCAUCUGAUGUACAGCAUUCUUGAGCUGCUACUUGCUCGCUUGAUGCCUGAACUGACGGAGAAAAGCGUGACGGAGCUUUGGGAAGAAAGACUUGGCUGA